AUGCACCCUGCUCCGCCGUCCGCACAAGCGCUUCCACCGUCAUCGGACCCCCGAUGGGUGGUUGUGUCCAAUCUUCCCCGAGAAGCCAAUGAUGCUUGGUUGCGCGUCUUCUUCGCCACCAUCGGCAGCGUCGAAUUUGUCGACUUCCUCGGCACCGAAGGACCGGGCUCGGCUUCUGUGCUCUUUGCCACCGUUGAUCAAGCUACUGCCGCGCUGCGGUACGAUGGGUACCCUGCCCUGGGCAUUGUUCUCCGUCCACUCUUGGGUCACCAACAGGAGAGUAAACCGACACACAAGAACCUUUACGUCCUCAACCUGCCCCUCGAUGCAACAACUGACCAGCUCACAGCCCUUUUUGCCUCAUAUGGCACGGUAGUACACUGUGUCAUUCUUGCCAUGCUCGACGCGCAGGCACGUCGUCGUGGCUUCAUUGACAUGUCAUCGCCUUUUGAGGCAAAGGAAGCCAUCGAAGGACUCAACGGCUUCGUUUGGCACGGCUACCCCAUCGAGGUCUCUUACGCCAUUGUUCAACGCAGCGGCGGACCAUUUGAUCAGGAGUCGGGUCGCAACAUCAUCAAGCGCAACGUACCUCGAAACCGCUUCAAUACUGGCCCAAGACGUGUUCCAAGCGAUUCCACGAUUGGGCCUCGCGCUUUUCCUGGUGCUGGACUCCUACCUCCUCCCCUUUAUCGCGACAUAGGCGCUUCGGGCCAGUCGGGCCCUUCGAGCCCUGCAAUGUCAGAGGGCUCGAGUCUGGACGAGAGCACGGCAACGGAUCCAUGCACCAUCUUUAUCUCGGGGCUCGAUCCCGUCGCUAUACUCGACGAUGACGACUUCCGUCACGCUCUAGAGCCCUAUGGUGCGGUAACCGCUGCUUCACUCAGUCGUGACCAGGAAGGAAUCUCCCGUGGUUUCGGGGUCGUCACUUUUUCUGCUGAGGCUGAAGCGAGCGCGGCUCGCGACCACCUCGAUGGUAAGCUUGUCAACGGCCGGCGCCUGACAUCGCACAAUCUUGUCUACAAUCGGACUCGCCACACCGCAAGUGGGCUGGCGACCGGAUCUCAACUAGCCAUCAACCUGGCGCAAGCUGCUGGACUCCAGCAGGCACUGACACCCUCGUCUUUCGGUCGCCCCUCGCCCUUGGCUUCAUCUCUCCCGUUUCCCACCUCCCCAGUUUCGUCCAGCAUCCAUUCCUCCGCUGCUCAUUUCAAUCACCCAUCACCGCUCCUUUCACCUCAAUACUCUAUGCCUCACGGGCGACUCGGCAGCCAAUACACGUCGCACCAACCCUCUUCUUGGGCAACUUCCAUCAGCCCACCUUUUUCGCCUGCUUCUUCGACUCGCCGUCAUGACCAGAUCCCUAUGGGUGCUAUCGGCUCAAGCUUUGUCAACUCGCCCCGUGAACCGCUUCUUCCAAUGGGCACCAGCGCCUAUUGCUCUGCCAAUCUGCCAACCGCUACGUGGUUCCGCUCAAACAGCACCCCUCGCCCGGUUGAGAUCAAGCCUGAUCCUCGAGAGGCGGCUGUCCACAAGCACAACGACGGAGAGGAGAAGAGUCCCGGCCCAAGAUCCAAAGCUCUGCUCAAGCAACUAGCAGCACCUUUCACUCCCAAGGUCGCGCUCCAGGCAAAUGGAGUUGUUGGUUCACCUUCUCUCAGCGAAAGUAACGAUGCCAGCCCCGCCAGCACACGUUCCACAGGCACCUCGGUGAAUUUCUCGCCCCUCGAGACGCCGGACGUCUCUCGGAUGGACACUCCUUCAACCAUCUUUCGAAGCACGCCGAAGAGGGCAACGGCAAGCAGUUUCCAAGUAUCUCGGCAAGUGGUUCGGCCCUUUUGGCACUUCAGGAAGCCUCCGUACCACUUUGGCGAAUUCGGGGAGAAACGCCGCGCUCCCUUGGCGCCUGUUGGUCACGAGAAGACGUCAAGCCCGAACAAGAACAAGUAG